GCCGACAGGCCGACUGGCCGCCUUGAUUUAUGGGGGCGUGCUCCGACAGCCGUGCUUUGGCGCUCAAUUAAAACGGAACCAAAGUCAAAAGUCACCGAAGACAACGGCGACCCGGCGGUCGGGUCAUAGUCCGUGUAGUCCUAGCUGCGAUGGAUUAACACAUCUCCGGGGGCAACGGCGACAGCCCUCAUGGCAGGCUCUGCGCGGAGGCUGGCCUGUCAUAUAA